UGAAAUGCGUCGUUACUCACACGCAGCCCGUCGGCACGGAUUAGUUGCGUCGCCGAUUUCUACGCGCGGUCGUCGGAGUGUGGAGCAGUGAUAGUUCGAGUUGCCAUUGGAUAGCCCGCAGCAAAAUUAUUCAGUGAUGUUAACUUUUACGUAUCGACUCUGCUCGCUCGUAGGGUAGCCCUCAUUUUGGAGACGACCUUAAAUUAUCGAGCCGCGUCACCUUUACAUUUCGAGCACUCGCGUAUAAUAAACGAGACGUCCUUAUUAUUUUCGAUACGUCGCUAGCCUUUUUCGUCGACGAAACGACCGGCCAUAAUAUACCAAUUAAUUCACGGUGCGUCGCAAUCGCGUCCGGUGGUUCUCGCUUUCCAAGUGCUCAUGUUUCCAAACAGUCUUUCCAUCGCAAACCGCAACCUAGCUCGCUCGCAUCGGUCGCGGAGCUCGAUUUAUCAAUAAAUUAAUUUUUUUAAACAGUAGUAAUCUAUCGUUUAUCGAAUUCGGGACGAUAAGGUGUUGCGGAAAUCGAGCGGGGAAUGUCGUUUCAGUGCUCGGCCGUUCUCGGUGUUAUGAGGUGAAGUGUGAUCUCGGAGUGUGAGUGCCUGUGUCGCGAUGUGGGGAGCCGCCGUGUCGAACCCUCCGCACUACCACUACGUCCCGGGCAUGGGCGGGCCGCCGCUGCCGCAGCGCGGACCCUCGGGGCCCGUCCUGUCGGGGCCGAGCCCGCGCCACCUGAGGCCGCAGUCGUCGUACUCGCUGCCGCACGGCGCCAGCGGGCCCGGCCGGUGGAGCUGGUCCGGCAGUAACGUGUCCUCGUUCGAUAGGAGACAUUCCAAACUGCCGCCGCAACCGGCCCGCCCGGCGCCCGUCAGACCGUCGCAUACCCGAAAUGCGGCUGACUAUAAGGUCGACCCGGAGCUGAUCUUCACGAAACAAGAGAAGAUCGGCAAGGGGUCCUUCGGCGAGGUGUUCAAAGGCGUCGACAACAGAACGCAGCAGGUCGUCGCCAUCAAAAUCAUCGACUUAGAGGAGGCCGAAGAUGAAAUCGAGGACAUACAGCAGGAGAUCAUGGUGCUGUCACAGUGUGAUAGCCCGUACGUCACCAAAUAUUACGGAUCAUACUUGAAGGGAACAAAACUAUGGAUCAUAAUGGAGUACCUAGGCGGGGGGUCGGCACUGGACCUAAUGAAGGCGGGCAGCUUCGAGGAGAUGCACAUAGCGGUGAUCCUCCGGGAGGUGCUGCGGGGGCUGGACUACCUCCACUCGGAGAGGAAGCUGCACCGGGAUAUCAAGGCGGCGAACGUGCUGCUGAGUGAGAUGGGUGACGUCAAGUUGGCGGAUUUCGGUGUGGCCGGUCAGCUGACGAAUACGACCAGUAAACGGAACACGUUCGUCGGAACUCCGUUCUGGAUGGCGCCGGAAGUCAUUAAGCAGUCGUGCUACGACAGCAAAGCAGACAUCUGGUCGCUCGGCAUCACGGCCAUCGAGCUGGCCAAGGGCGAGCCGCCCAACUCCGAGCUCCAUCCCAUGAGAGUGCUCUUCCUCAUACCCAAGAACAACCCCCCGCAACUCACAGGGAACUACUCGAAACCGUUCAAAGAGUUCGUCGAGGCGUGCUUGAAUAAGGACCCCGAAAAUAGGCCGACGGCAAAAGAGUUAUUAAAAUUCCAAUUCAUCAGAAAGGCAAAGAAGAAUUCGUAUUUAAUGGAUUUAAUAGACAGGUAUAAGAAAUGGAAGGCGCAGAGGAGUGAAGAGAGCGAAACAGAAUCGGAAAAUUCAGAUUCAGAGGAAGGCAGCCGCGGGUCUGGCGAGGCGGACGAGCCGUGGAUAAUGACGGUGAAGGGCGGGGCGGCGGCGCGCGCGCUACAGCUGCCCGUCGACGACAAACGCCGGACCAUUAUUGAGGAACCUGCGCUCGGUUCGCCGACGUCGCCGGUGUCGCCGAAGCAGAACGGUUCGCUGACGCGCGCCGACGACACGCCCGCCGAUGUCGCGCCGCCGCUGCCCGACACGCCGCCGCCCCGACAGACGACGCUAGUGUCGGCUCCCUCGGAUGCGCGGAGCGGCAAGGAGCGCGAGCGGGACAGGGAGCGGGAACGCGAGCGGGAGAGAGAGCGGGUCGAAGAGCGAGAGAGAAAGGAGAGGGAGCACCAGGCCAGCCGGGACAGCGUAGUGUAUAAUAAAGCGGCUUCACCGCUGGACCACAGAGGGCCGAGCGGCGAAGACAAACAGGUGCGGCGGCACGCCUACCUCCACCAGCUCAUAUAUCCGCUACUCAACGAGCUGUCGCGCAAGCACGGUCCGAGCAGCGCGCAAGCCAUCGAGGAGUUGCGGCGCGCGUUUGAAAUGGCCGAACGCGGCGCGCCGCAUCUCACACGCGCGUUUGUGCAACAGGUGGUACAGAGGGUAGCCUCGCAGUCGCACCCGCCCGCGCAACACCAGCCCUGGACUAGGUAGGGACGUAUAGACGGCGUGACGUGUCGUGUCGCGGCGCGGCGCCGCAGCCGUCGGGUCGCGCCGCGGUCGGACCCCGGCCCACAUCACGUGUUCAAUAGCCUAUCGCCUAUCGCAAAUUACUAAAUAUAUCCACAAGUGUCUUAAAUGGCCAAUAUUAUGUAAUAUUUUGUUAAUCUCUUAAUUCACGUAACGUCGAAUCGCCCGUUCAAAUUGUCGAAAGCAAUAAAUAAGUUUUAUAUCUCUAAAGUGUAAUUUAAAAAUAUCUUAGUGCGCGAUGACGUCGCGUUAUGUGAAUUGAGAAUAUCCAAAUACGAAUUUAAUGUCCAAUCCCUCAGCCUCUCAUAUGGCUUAGUCCAUUUAGCCUUAACGCCUCAGAAAGUUUAUUUGUGACAUUAUCUAUGCUGUGUUUGUCUGGUCUGAACUCGGUGCGAAUUUCGGCAUAGUGCAUUCUCACGCAGCUAACUUCAGACCAGAACAAAUAUCUGGAUUAUUGUAAAACAAUGUAUGUUACUCGGAACCCACCUCUACAUAAGAACGGCUGAUUACAUUUGGACACCGCAUCGUA